CCAACUUGCAAGAGCCCAUGCUACCCUAGUAUCCUGCCUCUGUUCUUAAUAACAUAAAACAUGACUAUUGCUGAGUACUGAGAGAGUUGCAUUUUUCUGAUGGCAAAAACCAGUACUUUAGAGAUCUAUGCUUCUGCUUCUGCUUCAACUUCCCCUUAUGAUUCUGAUGAAGAUGCUACAAAGAGAACUGGAACUGUAUGGACGGGUGUAGCUCAUAUAAUAACAGCAGUGAUUGGAUCGGGUGUGCUUUCCUUAGCAUGGAGCACCUCCCAACUAGGAUGGAUUGCUGGCCCGGUCUCUUUGCUGUGUUUCGCGUUUGUUACUUACCUAUCUGCUUCCCUGUUAUCUGACUGUUACAGGUCCCCCAACCCUGUUACUGGUUCCCGCAAUUCUUCCUACAUGGAUGCUGUCAAAGCCAUUCUUGGAAGGAAACAGGUGUGGUUCUGUGGUUGUUUACAAUAUCUAAGCUUGUAUGGUGCCGGUGUUGCGUAUGUCAUCACUACUGCAACCAGCAUCAGAGCUAUUAGAAAAUCAAACUGCUACCACAAAGAAGGGCACCAAGCAACAUGUUCAUAUGGGGAUGGCGUUUACAUGCUGCUAUUUGGGUGUGUUCAGAUAAUAAUGUCUCAAAUACCUGAUUUUCACAACAUGAAAUGGCUUUCUAUACUAGCUGCCAUCAUGUCAUUUGCCUACGCAACCAUCGGAUUAGCCCUUGGCUUUGCUACCGUGAUUGGAAAUCGAGCUAUAAAGGGAAGUAUUACUGGAGUUCAAGCUACUUCUUCCUUUAAAAAAAUGAGCUUAUCCUUUCAAGCAAUUGGAGAUAUUGCAUUUGCCUACCCCUAUGCAAUCAUUGUCCUAGAAAUUCAGGACACAAUGAAGUCCCCUCCAGCGGAAAAUCUAACAAUGAAGAAGGCCUCGAUGGUAGCUGUCUUAAUCACCACCUUCUUCUACCUCUCAUGCGGAUGCUUUGGCUAUGCUGCAUUUGGGAAUGAUACACCUGGUAAUAUCUUGACAGGGUUUGGAUUCUAUGAACCUUACUGGCUCAUUGACUUUGCAAACGCCUGCAUUGUUGUUCAUCUGGUGGGAGGAUAUCAGGUUUACAGUCAACCAGUAUUCGCAUUUGUGGAAGGAUGGUUUGCUAAAAAGUUCCCAAAUAGCAAGUUUGUGAAUGAUUUCCAUUCAGUGAAGCUGCCUUUGUUGUGCAGUGAUCUGAAAGUGAACCUGCUGAGAGUGUGCUUCAGAACGGCUUAUGUUGCAUCGACAACAGGGAUAGCGAUGAUUUUCCCGUUUUUCAACCAGGUUUUAGGGUUGUUAGGGGCCAUAAGUUUUUGGCCUCUUGCCAUAUAUUUCCCAGUAGAAAUGUAUAUUGUCCAGAAAAAUAUGAAUGUUUGGACAAAACAGGGUAUUUUACUUCGAACAAUUAGUGGUUUUUGCUUGCUGGUGAGUAUAGUUGCAUUAGUUGGUUCAAUUGAAGGAAUUGUGAGUGCCAAGUUAAAAUGAAAAAGACGGUACUUUUAGUUAUAUAAUGCUUAUCCAUGAAUGCAUAAACAUGUUUUCCAUUGAUGUAAACACUACACAGAUCAAUUGCUGAUGAUAUGAACAUGCUAGGACUAAUUAUCAAA